AUGUCUCAUAACACACAUCCUUGUGCAAACGGUAUUCCGAGUCAGCCAUCUUGGGUCAACAACAUGAUGGCCCACAUCAAACCUGAUCGAGUUUCAGAAUUCUCUACAUCUGGGACUGGGGAUGAUGUCUCUCCUCUGUCUGGACAGAACUUGAAGUUUCCAACACCUGUCCUUGCAGCGCUUUUAGACAGGAUCUCCAAAAAUCAGAGAUCGGCCGCUAUGCAGAAUGACGAACGGAAGGACAGUGACUCAGAAAGGAAGAAAGCCAAAGCUGAUCGAGUAGGUGGCUUGGAGGUGAUACGAACACAAGCUACUUGCAACACUCGCAAGCGGAAGCUUGAUAAUGUCAAUAUUGACUCCAACAACAACUCCAAUGAGAAUAUCUCUCCGCAUUGUGUGCCCAAGCAGCUGUCUCCACCUGGUGCUCCCACUACUAAGUGCAUCUGUUGUGAGAAAACAGGAACUGAAUGGCAAUCAGUCCUUGAUGUUAUCAAGCAUGGUGAGGAGAUACGAAGCAAGCAAAAUAAUGCUAUCAUUGAGGAAAUGAAGGCCUGUACUGCUGUUCUCGAGAGAACUUCUGAGCGCUACUUGGAGGCAGUAACACACACAACACAGUAG